GGGAACUUUAAUGCGACGCACACGCGAAGGGAUGUAACAGUUGAAGGGUACUGGAUUCGUGAGCUGUGCUAUGGCAUCUAGUAUAAACAUUAAAAAUGGACUUCUAAGCACUAAAAAUUGUGUUAAGAUAAAUAUUCAAUUUUCUAUAUGCAUAAAGAGGCAAACAGAAAUCAAUUGCAUGCGAGCAUUUACAAAUUCGUCAGUGCAACACAAUGAAAAGUACUGCAUUGAUAUUGUAAGGAAGAGGGACUAUGAGGGAUUUGUGUGCUCAUUGCUUCUUCCUGAUGCUUCUCGCCGCUCCGCCUUGGCACUGAGGGCAUUUAAUGUAGAGCUGGCACAGAUUAAGGACUCUGUUUCUCAGAAAACCAUUGGUUUAAUGCGAAUGCAGUUUUGGAAGAGAGCUGUGGAGGAUGUUUACAGAGAUGACCCACCAGCCCAACCCGUCAGUGCAGAACUGUGGAGGGCAGUAAGGAGACACACAUUAACGAAAAGGUGGAUGUUAAGAAUUAUAUCUGAAAGAGAGAAAGAUAUGGAGGACAGAGCGUACAGGAACCUUCAGGAGCUGGAGGCAUACGGCGAGAAUACUCAGUCCUCUCUUCUCUACCUGCUGCUGGAGACGCUUGGUGUGAAAAAUGUCCAUGCAGACCAUGCUGCCAGCCACAUUGGCAAAGCCCAGGGCAUCCUGACCUGCCUCCGUGCCACCCCCUACAACAGCAGCAGACGCAAAGUCUACCUACCCAUGGACAUCUGCAUGCUGCAUGGUGCGUCUCAAGAGGACUUCAUCCGUGGCAGCAGGGACCAGAACGUCAGGGACGUUGUUUAUGAUAUCGCCAGCCAAGCCCACGUCCAUCUCCAACAUGCUAGAUCGUUCAGCAAGAACGUUCCACAUGCGGCCAUGCCUGUCCUCCUGCAAACGAGAUGGAGCUUCUCUACCUCACAUGACUCCUGCUCCCUGGAGCCACCACUACCAACUCAUGGUCUGAUUGCACAUCUUAAGGCUUUUUUACUGUUACAGUUGUUUCUCUAAAAGAAACCACCCACAGUGGAGCUGAGGGAAUAGCUUGUGGUAUGUUAUGAGUGAUGCAAGUGUAUAAAACUAGCAAGAUUUUUACAUUUUGGGAAGAAAAUAUGAGUGCUUGCCCAUGCAAAAGUUACCAUCACAAUGCCAAGUUGUUAUGGGUGGUUGCCAGGGCAUUGCUAUGCUGUUCCAGUGUGGUUUUAAGCUCAUUGCUAUGCAGUUGCUAGGGCCUUUGUGAUAUUCCACUCCCUAGAUAUGGCUUGGGUCCCUCCUUUAGUCUUAGUCAAUAGGAUUAUUGUUUUAUUGCGUUCCAGUCGAAAAUUGCAAGUCAGAUCACUUAGAAAAGUAAUAGCAGGGAUUUUAGGGAUUUUUUUGUUCAAAUCCCUAACCCUAAGUAUGAGUAGUAGUGACCACUAAUUUAAAAAAGCCUGUUCUGAGUGUUUGUGUCCAUUGCAUCAGGUUGUUCUAGAUGAAUACUUGCACAGAGUAAGGAAAGUGGAUUUUGAUGUGUUCCAUCCCAGCCUACAGAAGAGGAAUCCAAUGCUGCCCAUUCAGCUUUAUUUACGAUCAUGGAAGAAGACCUACUGAUGUGUCUAAGAUAAUUACCAUCUUAUUCUUUCAGAUGAGUUCCCUGUCAGUACCCAAGACUGGAGCACUUCACUGCAAUAAAUUGUCUAGCUGUGUGUUUUCCUUUAGUUUUUCAUGGUAGAAAUCUAGAUGAAAGAAAAGGAAAAUAUUUGAUUACAUAAUAAUUACUAAGUUUCAGUCACUCAAUACAAGAGAGAAAUGGGUUAAAUGGAAAAUUGGCACUAACAAAACUGUCAGUUACAUAAAAAUGAAAAUUUGUCUGAACCGUUUAAAUUCAACAAUAAAUUAAGACUCUUUUCUAUCCUCUGUUCUACCUGAAACUGUUCUCAGUUUGUAAGAAUUUGCAUAGUUGUGGUGGAAUGAAUUGAGAGAAAUAUUUUUACAACUAGGCCUGGAAGGUUUUUUUUGUAAAAUAUUCAAUUAUAUAAAGUAUUUGCCAAUAAACUGGAUGCAGGUAGAGCAUAACAAUUUUACAUAUUUAUAAUCGAAGAAUGUGCCCAUUAUGUUGGCCAAGGUCAAUCAAUCCAGUUUCCAUUGUGAGGCAAUUUUAGGGGAAGCAAUUAUGAGUUUUUUUAAAAUAAAAAUGGAAGCCUCCCACUAAUAAAAGCUUUUAUCUAACUGACAAGAAAACACGUUUUGGGUGUUAUUAAUAACAGCUGUAUUUUGCAGCCAGUGAGAUCCAGUGUUGGGGAGUAACUUACUAAAUGUAGUGAUGCUACUAACUUAACUAUAUUUUUCAGUAGCUCAGCUAUUUUCACAAUGGUGUAGCUUUUCCAGUUACAAGCUACUUUUUAAUUAUUAUAAUUAUUUUUUUUUUUAAGUGAAUCUGUUCUUUCGGACAGUGUAUGUAAAUUAACCGUUUAAAAUAAACUAUUCACUUAUACUAAGUGUUAGGAACUCCAAUUCAUUAUUGUUUGUUUAGAUGCUUCAUGGAAAUGAACUAGUUCACAUAAAUGAUUUGCUAAUUCACUUCAGCCUCUUACACAUCCUUACAGUGUCUUUUUUUUUUUAAAGUGAAAUAUUUAAUUGCUGCUGUUUACCACUAUAUUUCGACUCAAGUUACAUGAAGUAGUGUGUUUUCUAGUUUUAAGUUUAUGUUUAGUAUAAAUGUAUAUGUUCAAUUUAAAGUUGUCAUCCUAAUUAAAUAAUAUCAUCUUUAAGUCUUCUUUAAAUAGCUUCAGUGUAGUUAGCUACUUUUUGUUAACGUGUAGCUAAAUUUUUAAGAGAGUAGCUUGACUGAAGAUGAACUACUUUAAGUUAUGGGCAGCUUGUAGCUUAGGAAGCUACAGUUUCAAUAUAGUUUCCCCAAAACUGCUUGGCUCAUCUUCAGUUAAUUUUUGUUGCUUUAUUUGCUUUUGUUGCUUAAUUUGUCAUACAAUCAUCAUAUAUGAACUGUAGUCCUGUCUACAAUACUAGUCCAAACUCUACUCAUCAUACUCCACUCCAAAACUCAUCAUAACAUGCUGUAUGAUGAAUCUGAUGAGUGUUCACUAAUUUAUUGGGUUGUUUUUGAUGAAUAUGUCUUCAUUAUUUCAGAUUUAGGAAAGGGAUUUUUAAAACAUUUAAAAAAACACCUAAAGACUACAAACAAUGGCCAAGGUUGGGACUCUAAAUGCACACAGGUAGUGCAAAAUUACUAAAUAGUGAUAUAAGAAAACUAGAUGAUGUUUUUUUUAGUUUCAUCAGUUGAGUCAUUUUUGGACCUUAAUCCUAGCUAUUACUAUAGGCUUUGCAAUUACUUGAAUCUUAAAUUGCAAUAACUUUUCAUUAAAUUGAUGAUGACAUACUGUAAGGUGUACAUAAAAUGUGAGAAGCUGCUGAAAAAUUUCCUUUUCUUUGCUCACCUUUUGAGAUGCACCUUUGAUUGAUCAAAGAUUCAAACUUAUUUGGGUAGAAAAACAUGGCUGUCACACAGUCAGCACCUCAUAGAUGUGACACAAAAAUAACUGGAAUAUGAAUUCACCUUUAUUAGUACUCUGAGUUUUAUAUUACUAAUUUUAUUGAUUUGUAAUUGCCAUCAAAAAAUGUUACGGUAUCUUAUGUUUGAAGCUCCUUGGAAGUGGAACCAUUAAAAUGCUGCUUCAAGCAGGGGUUUGAAACUCUAAAAUGUCAAAGUGUGCUUAUUUGCCUGCUGCUCAGCCUAAUUAAUGUCCCUUUUAACCGAAUGGUGUUUCAGGGUGUUUAGUUCAGGUUUUUAUUGCAGGAUGCAACCAUUGAAAUUCUCUCAUUUAGUCACUGUAAGGAGAUCAGGGAAACUAGAAAAGCUUUGUGAUUGCACAUAGAUAAGUGAACAGUCGAUUUCUGCUCAUUGAAAAUUCUAAUAAGCGCAUUCAAAACUCAAAUUCAGGUUAAGUACAUUUGAAGCUCAGUUUUGUUCCCAAAAUGUAGUUGGCUGUGGGUCAGUGAUUAAAUUCUGCUCCUCUGAAUAGAGGUAUUAUAAUGAAUAGAGACACAUUACAAGUAAUUAUCAUCUGGAAAAGCCUUAUGCAAGUAAUUGCCUGUCUUCACAGAGAAGUGUCAGGGUCAUACUGAACAAUUUUUUCAUGUUAUAAAACUGAACAGAGACAUUCUUAAUAGAGACCUUAUCCUAGAGACCAGGUUCUACUUUGCCUGAUUACCAAUUUUGGAAACUCAUCCAAUGGUUUAUAGUGAUGUUCCACAGUUUUUCCACUUAAUAGAAAGUGUGUUUGCGCUCACU